ACGAGCACUGAUAAUACUAGACAAUAUGUUUCUUAAUUCGGGGAAUCCAUCGUAUCACAUAGCCUAACAACACCAUCUCAAGUGCAUGAGCAUUUAUAUAUGUACAUAUGUAUGUACAUAUACUACAACGUGUCAGAAAAACUGUAAAUAUGCAGAAUGCUUGCAGCAAAACGCAUUGUUAAAUCAACCGCCGAAGUGAAACAACAGUUACUUCAAUAGUUGGAUUGAGAAUUUCUUUAUGUUAUUGUUUUUACUUGUGUCAAUAUUAUUAAAAGAAGGAGUAAAAAUGUGUGAUAUGUUCAAAAUGAGUAAUGGAAUUGUAGAUUUCACAGAUAUAAAAGAUAAGGAUGAAUGUGAUAACCAUAAAAAUAUAACAGCAGAAAAUAAAAAGAUAAAACCUCAUAAAGCUGAGAAAUGGGAAAUUGAAGCUGUUGGCCAGUUCCUAUUCGAAGAGUAUCAGAAUUUGGUGUUUGGAGUAAGAACCGAAUGGCUCGUGCGAAAAAGUAUAUUACGUGCAAAAUUUGUUAAAUAUAUUCAGAAUGCAAAAACUGAAUUUCGCCAGCGUUUAUUGGAAGCAAACGGCACUUACGAUAUUGGCACAUUGCUAAGUCGCACCAAUUAUCUGAUUAACACGAAACGUGGAAGUCUGUUUUAUAGAAUUAGAACCUCAACCUUUUUUGAAUAUACGAAUAAAAAACUUGAAGAAUUUGACGAAAAACAAAAAAAUGGUCAAUCAACGGAGUUUAUGCAAAACGGAGAUGAAUACAAAAUAUCCAUCAAUGGUGAUCCAGCGCUGAUAGCUUCACAGCAAGUGGACGACAAUGCGCCCACACAUGAACUUCUCUAUGAAGGCAGUCGGCAACAACAGCGUCAGCAGUUGUUUCAACUCACUAACAUGGGCUGCUACAUAUGCCAAAGGAAUUUCGUCUCACCCAAUGAUUUCGAGGACCACGUAUUAUUACACGGCGACGAGUCAGAUUUUGAAAUACUUAAAAAUUAUGAAAAAAGCGCUACACCUAUAUUCAAACUGUCGUAUAAUAUUUGCAAGAAUUCGCAUUACUUUCGCUUCAAUUUAGAAUCGAUGCGACCGAAUAUUAUUAUAGAGAAACUGGUGAUCGUACAAACGCGUACUUUUUACUAUGUCAAUAAUACGCGUGUGCCGUAUUCCUUGGGUGAGGAUCGUAAAGAUAGUUUCUUUGUCGAUUCUCAUCUCUUUCGUAAAGGUGUAGAACAACCAAUUGUUGUGGUCUUUCAUGAAGAGUAUAGUAAUCAAGUGCGUAAUAUAGAGCAGCAUCAUUUUUGUCGCAUUGAAGAGUUUCCUUUGGUUAAGUUGAACAUCAGUCCAUGUCGUUUACCUAAUAAAAUUACAUUUAAACCAAAAUUUAAACUUCCUCAAUACAUGCCGCCUGUGGAAAUUCGUCGUGCACUGCAAAAGGAUUCGAUUGAAGCGCCACUUGCUUCAUUAUCUAAUGAGUUUGCCGACUACCUGAUGAAUAAAAAGAGUUUGACUCAACAAAAUAUACGUGAGGUGUUUUUGAAACUUUUACAGAUCGAGGAUUGGGAUACAAUGCGCGAUUAUUCGAGUCUAGUGCAACGAAAUGUCCAACUGCGCACUUACGAAAACGACUAUAUUGUGAAGUUAAAUAUACCAAAACAUAUUCGUUUCGAGAAUAUAAUUUUCCCUUUUGAUGAUGUUAUUGUAUUGCCCGCCGAGGAGGGAAAUGCCGCAACAAAUUCAUUGGAUGAUCUAAUGAAAAAGAUGGAGCAAUUGAUUGACGAAACAGCUGUAAAGCAGGCACCGGAAAAGAAGAAAUCGAAAAAAUAUAUUGGUCAAAUCGAAUGCAUCUCCUAUGGACGCGUAACAUUUAAAUGUGAACAAAAAAUCCCAAGUGACAAAACAUAUACCAUACUUUUUCGUCCGGCACGCAUGGUUUUACGUUAUCAAUACCGCGCCUUAGAACAAAUGGCUAUCAUGCCGCCGCGCAUAUUGAAACAGUUUUUGUUUCCCGACGAAAUCGUAAUGAGGGAAUUGCCAACGUUAAGUUUAAAUCUGCUUAAUAAAAGCAUUUAUGAAAAUCCCGAACAAUUGCAGGCUAUACAAUGUGUGGUGAAUAGUAAUGAGAAACAAAGCCCACCAUACAUUAUUUUCGGACCACCAGGCACCGGUAAAACCUCAACACUGGUCGAAGCCAUUUAUCAAAUAUAUAUGCUGCAACCGCAGUCGCGCAUACUCAUUACUGCUGGCUCGAAUGGCGCUUGCGACGAGAUCGCCUUACGUCUCUGCAAUGCGCUCGCGUCCAAUAUCGAAAGACAGACGAUCACACGUAUUUAUUCGCGCUCAUAUGAGAAUCGUGCGGAAAACAUCAACGAAACACUACUCGAAUAUUCCAAUUUGUAUGCCGAUCAUUUUCUGCCGGAUGUGGAAGUGUUGCACUCCUAUCGCAUUGUUGUAUGUACCUUAGGUUUAGUCGGGCGGCUGGCGACUGGCAAAUUCGGCACGGAAAAAGAUGGCAGUGGUGUGUUUACGCAUGUUUUUGUUGAUGAGGUAGCUGCGUCGACCGAAAUGGAAACUUUGGUUGCUCUGACCGCAACAUUGAGCUCAAACUCGAGCUUAGUCAUAGCCGGUGAUCAUCGGCAAUUAGGUCCAAUAUUAAAUUCGAAACGUGCCGCAAAUAUGGGUUUGGAGGUCUCAUUAAUGGAGCGUCUUCUUGCGCGGGAUUGCUAUCGUGUCGAUGAAUAUGGCAAUUAUAAUCGGCAAAUACAAAUACGCCUGCGCCGCAAUUAUCGUUCGCAUCCAGAAAUCGUUAAACUUUUUAGUGAAAUGUUCUAUGACGGACAACUGUUGUCCAAAGCGGCACCAGACGUUCAGCAGUUAUGUCGGGACUGGCAUCGUGCACCGAAUGCUGAAUAUCCAAUAAUAUUUCAUUCCAUUUUCGGACCAGAGCAGCGAGAAAAAAAUUCCACCAGUCGUUACAAUCCGCUCGAGAUCCAAACUGUAAUGGACUAUGUACGUGAUCUCUUAUGUUUCGGCAUUAAAGGUCAUAAAGUCGUGCAGAGUGACAUUGGUAUUAUUACGCCAUAUAAAAAACAAUAUAUACGCAUACAGGAGGAAUUAAAUUUGCGAAAUUGGUAUCAAAUCGAGACUGGCGCUGUCGAAUCGUUCCAGGGCAAAGAGAAACUCAUCAUAAUUAUCUCGUUUGUACGUUCGUUUACCAACAAUUUGGGAUUUUUGGAGAGUCGUAACCGUCUAAAUGUCGCACUGUCACGUGCACGUGCGCUGCUCAUACUCAUUGGUAAUCCGCGUACACUAAGCAUCAAUAGCGACUUCAAACAUAUCAUCGAACUAUGUCAACUGCAGAGGACUAUGGUUGGCGCAUCUUACUUCGACGAUGACGGAAAGAAUCCCAACAAGUGUAAUAAUGAAUCGAUGACGAAGUUGACGAAAUCUUUGGAGAAGCUAAACAUUAGUAAAGAGAAUAUCAAUGCGUGCGGUAAAAAUGGUGGCAAAUCAAAGAACGCAAGGGCAAGAGCCAGGAAAAACCAGGCUAAUAAUAAUAACAACACAGCUACUGCAGCAACAACAAUGAACGAAGGUGCCAAUGUGAAUGAUUUGCUCAAAAGCAACAACAGCAGUAAAUUCAAAAUCACACAGCCAACGUCUGCUGAAAAACAACGCCAAACAUUUGAGCGCCUAAAGGAUCUUUAUCUAACCAACGAACUUAGCGAUCUUGUGGAGACUACUAGUAGCACCAGCAAUCGUAAAAAUUAUAAUAAGAAGCAGCCAAAAUCUGAAAUUGAUGAGCUUCUUGAGGGACUACCAAGCGUGCCGCGUGAGAGGAUGCAGAAAAUCCAAAGUGAGCAACAUGAUUUUGAAAUAGUUAACCUGGCGACAGGUCAAACUACUCAACACGAUGAAUUGCGCACACGUUUCGAACGACUACAAAGAAAGCCAACAACAACAACAACACCAACAUACCAAGCACAAGCUACAGCAAACAGUGCAACCGCAUUGAAACCAACCGGGGCACAGCCAAACUUAAUCAACAACAAUCCCAAUAAAAGUGCAACAUUUGCGUCGCCAAAGGCCGUAGCUUUCAAUAGUCAGCAUUUUGCUGCAUACACCAAGUCAUCGUUCAGCGGUGAGAGGGGUGCAGUAUCAGCUACAGCGGCUGGGCAGAAGUCUAAACCAACGCAUAGUAUGAACGUAGGUAACACCGCUACGUUUGGGCCAGCGGUUCUAGGUCGUAUAGAGUAUGCCACUCCGCCGAAGUAUGUGCAAACACGCACACAUCCACCGCCUAAGGCGAAAUCUUCAAAAUCAAAGUGUGUAAUUUCUUAAGUUGGAAGUUGUUGUGUAAACACUCCACAUGUAAGCGCGUAUGUGACCCUUUUUAUUUUUAUUUUCAUAUCAAUUAGCAAAGUUUUACCUUGAUAAGUGCGUUACGCGUGCUUAUCUUGGACUUUGCUCGCAGUUUUGCGGAAACAUUGUUUCGGAAUGUUCGAGGAAAGUGCAAAGGAAAAUUUAUGUUGAAAUUUUUAUGGCAGGUAUGUUUAAAUGAUAAGGCUUCAAAGGUUAAGCCUUGCUUUUUGCUAUCCCCUGCCUAUAUUUUUCCAUGCUCCCUUUGUGCUCAAUUAUUAUCUCGUAAUUUUGACAACUGUUGUUUACGCAAAAAAUAUAUAUUAUUAUGUUUGCAGCUUAAAAACUACAACAAAUAGUUUGUGCAAACAUGUUUAAGUGUGGAAGAGGCAGUGAGGCUACAGAAAAUAUAAUCAAAUCUCGCUGAUUAUUUCAAUAUUUUUUAAUAUUGUCAUUACGUUUCGAAGGAGCCUUUAUAUUAGAUUUAAGAUUCAUGCUUAAAUAGAUGCUUAAUUAUUAUCUAAUUGUGCUUGAAUCUUUAAUCAAUCUAAGGUUAGUUAUAUAACUAGUCGCUUUUUGCGAGGGUGCUGUGCACAGAGAUGCAUAUUUUAUUGUUUAGGCAUUUUGUAGCAGAUUUUAUGGAAACUAACCAUCGAUUAAACUUAAUGGCGGAAAAUGCUUAGUAUAAUGGAUGAUUGGCCGAGUAGGUUUGCCUUAGUCUACCAUUUGAAAAAUGAUUUCUGCUUUAAAUGUUUCCAAAAUACUGUUAUAGGAAUAAUUGAUCGAAGCAUAUACUAUAUAUAAUGUUGUACAAUAUUAGUUAUUUGUUCCUCAAAUAGUAAUUUCAAAAGACAUGUGCCAAAAAUUGACAAUGUUAUAGAUUUGGUUUAAACUUGUCUAAAACAUCAUUACUUAACUUGCUCGCUGGAAAUAGAACAUUUUUUAAAGUUUUUGGGUAAUAUUCCCAAAGCGUGAUAUACCGAAAACUAGUCGAAAUACGUCAAAUGUUAAAAAAUAUUUUCUAGUUGGUAUGUAAUCACCUGAUAGUAAGUUCUUUGAAAGUUAUUUUUGCAUAAGGCUUCCUAGAGUUUUGUA